AUAAUGGUUUCCGCUUUUAUCUUUCGACGAUUCUCAACCAAUCAAAUCGUUCGUUUUUACAGUGUAUCUCACGGUGUCAAAACUAUCACACAUGUAAACAAAACGUGUUGCACUUUGGAUUUCGGAUGUAAUGUUUGGCGCCCCGUUAAAAUCCUAAUACCCAAUAAUUACCAUGCACUAAAUCUGUCGCUCUGUUACAGCAAAAUGACAGACCAAUCAAGAAAUGCUUGGAUUAUCAAAGAUGAUCCAAGACUAGUGUCUGCCAGACAGAAAGACUUUUUCGUGGACAUUCUUGAUGAUCGUCGACACACCAGCGACUUGGCUUGGUCACUGCGACAGCGAGACGAACCCAAAUACCAGUACAACAAACCACGUUCUCCGGCUGAAGUAAAAGGGCAUGUGCUAAAAAGUGAUAGAGUCAAAUAUGCCAUUGAAAAGACAAUGGAAGAGACAGGGAAGUCACUUGAAGAGGUAACCAAAGAGGCCGUGUACAUCGUGGAUGAAAUGGCACAUAACCUGCGUGUUGGUGUCAUACGCUGCUUCGCCAUGGUGCUGGUGAAGGUGAUGAAGAAGCUGUUUGAACGGAUCUAUGUCAACGAAGAAGCAAUACAGAAUGUGCGUGCAAUGCUGAAAGAGUACCCAAUCUUGUUGAUGCCCAGUCAUCGUAGCUACCUGGACUUCCUUCUCAUGUCUUAUGUGUUCUACCACUAUGAUCUUCCCUUGCCCGUAAUAGCUGCUGCCAUGGAUUUCAUGGGUAUGAAGUUUUUCGGCUGGCUGCUUCGAAACUCUGGAGCAUUUUACAUCCGUCGCAGCUUUGGUGACGACCAACUCUACUGGGCCGUGUUCACAGAGUACGUGCAGACCCACAUCUGCAAUGGGGACUCCCCUGUAGAGUUCUUUGUCGAAGGAACAAGAAGCCGAACCCAAAAGUCUUUGCCACCAAGAAUUGGGAUGUUGUCUGCCUCACUGGAGCCCUAUUUCAAGGCCCAGGUGCCAGACAUUAUGGUGGUACCUGUAAGCAUGUCAUAUGACAGAGUCUUAGAGGAGAAGCUGUACGCCUAUGAGCUGUUGGGGGUCCCUAAACCAAAGGAAUCAGCCUCGGGUGUGUUUAAAGCAAGAAGUAUACUUUCGGAAAAUUACGGGAAUGUGCACAUAUUUAUUGGGGAGCCAAAAUCCAUCCGCACCUACUCCAUAGGUCAGAUUAGCAGGAUAUCUCACAGCAUCUCACCAAGAUAUAUAGCUAGUCUGACGUUCAGAGAACAAGCGUUGAUACAGAAACUCAGCUACGACGUCCUCCUGCAACAGAUCCGGAACAUGGCCAUGUCCCCGUGGUCGAUCAUUGCGGCUGUCCUGCUACAAAAUAUGGAUGGAAUCUCCAUGAAGGAGCUGCUCAAGGAAGUGGACUGGCUCAAACGACAGGCUUCCAAUCUGGGGGCAUAUAUUGACUGGCCUGUGAAUGAAUCAGCAGAAGCAGUUAUUCGUCACAACAUCUUUACCCAUAAGAACAUUGCCACAGUAACUGAGGACAACGUAGUGGAGCUGAUAGCAGAAGACACUUCGUUGACCCAGAAUCAGGACCCUCUGUUCACGUCUGCUGCACAGGAAAUGAUGGUGUGUCUGUACCGCAAUCAGCUGCUCAACGUGUUUGUGCGGGUGGCGCUGAUUGCCAUCCCUAUCAACUCAUGUGUUCAGGAAACGAUGCCUUUGAGUGAAUUAAAGGCCCAUUACAGUUUGUUGGAGAAGCUAUUGAGCCGGGAGUUUAUUUUCAUGCCAGGAGAUGCAGAGAAGGACUUUGAUGUUGCGUUGGCCAGUCUGACUCACACCUGUGGCGUUGUGGUGGAAAAUGACUGUGUUCUUGUGAAGAAAUCCAUCAACAAGUACACCACAUUCUUCAGUCAGAUGUUUGAGCCAUUCCUCUUAGGCUACUGGGCGAUGUGCCGCUACCUCUUGUCCAUAGAGAAGGGAUCUCAUGGGAAACCCCUGGUCAAACUGCCCAAGACCAUUAGCAAGGAGGCACAGGUGCUGUCCGCCCAGCUGAUCAGGGACGGCCAUGUGAAGCGCAAGGAGAUCCUGUCCCUAGAUAUGAUGAGUAACUCCCUGCAGGCCUUGUAUGACCUUGGCGCUGUCCACAAAGAGAAGAGGGAAGGAACUAGCUAUAUGUACCCCAACUUAGUACUUCUAUCCAAACUUACUGAGGAUUUGUGUAAAUUUAUAGACGUUCCUGAUUUGCCAAGGACAACCAUCAAUGUUGACACUAAAACUGUAACAGUGAAUGCAAAACUCUGAAGCAAUAUGAACAACAUCAUUUGGUAGUGAUUUGUUUUAUAUCUAUGCAUAUAAGUGUUGAGUACUCAUUUUCAUACUGUCGGUGAACUUAAAUGAUUGCAUUGUUUGCUACAGAAUAUUACGGUGCCAUAAAGUGUGUGUACGAAAUUUUGCAUAUGGCUAGAAUAUUACUUUGUGACAGAAUUAAUUAUAUUAAUAUAGAAUAUAAAGGUUAUUUUCACAGCCUUUGGCUCAUUUUGUUACAUUUAUGUUCAAGUAUUAUACAUAUUAUAUAUAGUAAUAUAUCAAUAAUACUCAAUCUUUACAUAGGAUUGGCUUUAUUCAAAUUUAAGCAAAACUGUUUUGUUCUGUUCCAUGAAUACCUGUCUUCAAUACAUGUAUUGAAAAUGUUAAUCGUGUAUUUUUUAAGAUUUCAAAUUUUAUUUAAUUACUGAUCAUAAAUUAUUUGCAUGCAAUAUUUUUUUGGUUGGAUAUCAAUAUUGUCUUUGCUUUUUAACAUGUAAGCAUUAAAUAUCCUCGUUGUAUGACAUGUGCUGUAUUAAUAGCAUGAUAUAUUUUGAUAUUUAUUGUAUUUAUGUAUUCUGCAUACAAUUGUAUCCUGUGUGGGCAAAACAACUUUCUGGCAAGUACUUGACUUAAACUUGUUUAAUCUGCAGGUAUCGUUUGUCUGUGAAUGAAAUACAGCAAUUAUUUUAUUUUAUUUUUUAUCUAUGAUAAUUUUGGAUCGAAUUUUAGGUUUGCUUGAGUUUCAAAUUAUCAGUAAACAAAAUAUAUAUUUAUUAUGACUUGUACAUAAAACAUCGUCAGUCUUAAUCAUAUAAUAAUAGCCUUAUCAAAAGGUCACGUGAAAAGGAAGUGAUAAUGCAGUAUUAAAUAGUGUAUAUACUAUCAAGCAUAAUACUUGACAGGGGGUGACAAUCAGCUAUCAUGCAGUUAAUAAUUCUGGAAGAUAAACUUCAAUACAAUUUGAUUUUUAAAGUUUGUCAUGUAGAUUAUACUGCAAAUAAAUAUAAGGAUACAGCCUACAUAUAGAUAUGUUGCAUGGGUUAAAUGUGGCAGUAAAUUGUACAAUCAGACAAGUCUGUUUCACAUAUGUAUAAAAAAACAUGUCUAGUUCUGUAAAAUAAAUGUUGACAACAAAUAAGUAUCUAACAAAUGCAUAUGGAUAUACAUAUAUAUAUGGAUGAUAAUGCAAAUUAUAGCAUACAUUAUAUAUUGUUAUACACAUUAGAUAUAUUAGAUUAUAUACAUACCAUUUAACAAGCAAUAACAUAAACAAUCAAGCAAUAAAAUCUAUGGAACAUGA